AUGGUCUUCCCCUUCGUGGUCCCGAAGCGCUUCGAAUCCGAGGAAGCGGAGCCAAGCAUGAGGUUUGUGUUGAAGAACAACACGCGCUUUGAGAUUCAGAGCACGAACGGGAGCGGCAAGACGACGGUCCACGUCGAGGCCUCUUUGGACCACGCAGGCGGCGGCAGCGGCGUGUUCAGAGACUCAGUGGACUUGGCUUCGCUGCGCGCCCGCAUCACGGAACCCGUGGAGACGAAGGUCGUCUACGAAGCCAUUCACUCCGUGGGCCUCUACCUUGGCCCAAUGUUCCAAGUGGCAAAAGAGCUGUGGAGAGACCCAGAGACAGGAUCAGAGGUCUUAGGACACCUGCGAUUGGACCCGCAUGUCAAGAACGUGGGCUACAUCAUGCACCCUGCCUUGCUUGAUGGCACGAUCCAUAUUCUGGCAACUGCAUCUAUUGGCAAGAAUGUAACUGGCUUGAAGAUCUUCGGGGGCGUCGGCAAGGUGUCCGUGGUGCGCCAGGAAAACUUCUCCAAACUGUCCAGCUACUGGGUACACCUGCAAGUCACAGAGUCUUUAGAAGCCUCCCAAACCUUCAACGUCUCUGUGCUUGCAGACGACGGUGGACUUCUGAUGUCGAUGGAGGACGUGGUCUUCCGGGCGGUGAAGCCAGAGCAGAUUCAGAUGGCCAUUGCGGCGCAAGGAGGGAAGGAAGAGCAGACAAUCUACGAUGUGGAAUGGUCCGAGUGGUCCGAGUGGUCAGAAUCAGGACAAUCCUCCGCACCCAGCUCGCUCUUAGCAGCUGCAGAUACUGCAGAUCUGCAUCAUGCCCUCUGCAAUUUGAGAACCAAGCCCGAGCAGACCCUGACCUUGGAGGCUCUGCGUCAGAGUGAUAUGGAUUUGGCGCUUCUCUUGCCAAAGUUCUCGCGAAUCUUGCUUGCCUUUGGCAGCCAGAGGCAGGGCGCCCAGGGGGCCUCGGCGCUCGAGGCCCUCAUGGCAGUCUUGGCAGUGCUGCAGGCCUUGGCCAAGACCAAAGGCAGUCUGCCAGAGCUCUGGAUCUCGACUUUCUGCUGCCAGUGGGCUAAGGCCGGAGAUUUUCUUGGCCAGCCGUUGCCCUUACACUCAGCGAUCUGGGGCUUGGCACGUACAGCCAGGAACGAGCUCCCGAACUUGCGCCUCUUCUCGGCGGACCUUGGCCCGUCCUUGGAGCUCUCUGCCUUGGAAGCGCAGUUCGGAGCGGACUCGGCGGACUCCGAUCUGCCGGAGCACGAGAGAGCCCUGAGGAAGAGGGGGGAAGGGGAAGGCAGUUCCCACGUGCUCUACGUGCCGCGCUUGCAGGAGGCAAGCCUCGCAAGCGCCGCCCAGGGCUGGUCUCUGGCAUCCUCUCGUGGUGGUCCUAUUUUGAUCACAGGAGGCUUAGGAGCUCUUGGCCUUUGCUUUGCCCAGUGGCUGCUGGAGCAAAAGGCGGGUGAAGUGGCACUCGUCUCCCGCACCGGUCGUGCGGCUGCCGACUCCCAAGUGGCCUUCCGACGUGUGGCUUCCAAAGUGACCGUGCAUCGGGCGGACCUUGCGAAGGCAGAGGACACGAGAAAACUCUUGCAGCAGCCACUCUUCAAGGAUCUCCGCGGCAUCAUCCAUGCUGCAGGGCUCCUUGAGGACCACAUGAUCGUCGACUUGACCCGAGAGCACUUCGAGCGACCCCUCGCCGCCAAGAUUCAUGGAACCUUGAACCUCCACGAGGGGCUUUCUGGUCAGCAACUUGACCUGGAGUUCUUUGCUCUUUUCUCUUCUGUCGCAGCACUUCUGGGCACACCUGCUCAGGGAAACUAUUGCGCGGGGAAUGCUUUCUUGGAUUCCUUUGCCGCGCAUUGCCGGGAGAACGGCCGCUCAAAAGCUGUAAGCAUCCAGUGGGGUCCCUGGGCGGAGGUUGGCAUGGCGGCGCGCGCCAACACCUCCGAGUCCAGUAUCGCUCGUCUGAGCCCUGCGAAGGGCCUUGAGGCCAUGCACGCUGUCCUCGCGGCUCAAAGCAGCCUCCGGAGCGGCAUCGUGGCCGUGGCCCGCUUUAAGUGGACUGCACUCCUUGGCCAGCUGCCACGUGUGCCGGCCUUUCUAAGCAAGUUCAGCACAACGAGCAAAGGCAGCAAAGGGACGAGCAACUACACCGUGGAGGACGUGCGGUCCUUGGUGGUGGAAUCACUGACAGAUGCUUUGGGCACUGAAGACUUUGACAUCAACACCCCGUUGAUGGAGCUGGGGCUUGACUCCUUGGCUGGCGUUGAGUUCAGGAAUCGUUUGCAGGCCUCGGUUGAUGGGAUCAACCUGACACCGACGCUCAUGUUUGACUACCCGACAGUUCCAGACUUGGUGGAGUACAUCUGGUCCCAGGUGGGGCCAGCAGAGGAAGAGGAGCUGGUAGCAGUGCAGGCCACCGCAGUCAGCAGCCAACUGAUCGUGGCUGGGCACAGUGGGCGUUUUCCUGGCAGCCUCUCCAACCAUCCAGGUGACUUCUGGCGAACUCUUGCUUCUGGACUGGAUACCACUGCCGACUUGCCGCCUGAACGCUGGGACAUGGACGAUUUUUUCGACCCAGACCCGGACACUCCGGGCAAGACCUACGUCAGGCUCGGGCAUUUCAUUUUGGGCAUCGAGCAGUUCGACGGCGAAUUCUUUGGGCUGAGCGAGAUGGAGCAGCGUGGCAUGGACCCGCACCAGUGGCUGACCCUCGAAAUAACCUACGACAGCAUGUUUGCAGCAGGUUUGACCAAAGAGAAGAUGAAUGGACUGGACUGCGGCAUCUAUGUAGGCUGCGCAACGCUCGGCGGAAUCGCGCCUGACAUCCCGGCUUUUGGACCGUUCACGAACAUCGGCUAUGCUUACUCGGGUCUCUCCGGACGCGUGUCCCACACGCUGUCUCUCCGUGGGCCUUGCUUCACCGUCGACACGGCCUGCUCCGCAACGGUGGUGGCCCUGGAUUGCGCCAGCCAAGCGCUGCGACUGGGACGUUGCCGCUCUGCAGCCGCCAGCGGCGUGAACCUGCAGCUCUCGGCCGCCAUUUGGGUCGGCUUUGCCAAGAUGCGGGGACUCGCUGCUGAUGGCAAUUGCAAGACCUUCGACAGCUCUGCCGAUGGCUUCGCACGGGGAGAGGGCAUGGGCUCCGUCUACAUUGCCAUGGAGGAUGCCAACACAACUCCGGCCGCACUGCUGGGUGGCGUCGCCACGAACCAUGAUGGUCGUGCAGCCACCAUCACGGCGCCCAAUGGCACAGCCCAACAGCGCGUGAUCCGGGCGGCCUUGUCAGAGCGAGGCACGCGGCCCGAGGCUCUCGGAUGCCUGGAAUGUCACGGCACGGGCACUGCACUGGGGGAUCCCAUCGAGGUUGGAGCUCAGAAGGCGGUCUACGGCAAAGGCCGUGAAGCUCCAAUGAUACUGGCCGCUGGAAAGACGAACCUGGGACACCUGGAAGGAGCGGCAGGUGUGGCCGGUCUCAGCAAGACUGUGCUGCUGCUGCAGAAGGCCCAGGUGACGCCCCUUUUGUGGCUGAAGCAGCUGAACCACAAUGUGGAGCUCUCCAGCUUUGGCUUCGCUCCGACGGAGCUCCUUGACGCAAGGAGGGCGCAGGGCAGGGCGGCCGUGUCGUCUUUCGGCUUCUCCGGCACGAACGGCCACGCCAUCUUGGAAGUCUUUUGCAGCCCAGCGAACAGCGAGGGCCCUCGGCGUCCAACGGCCUCCUACUCGCGCCGACUACUGCAGCCCUACCGGCAAUGGCUCAAGGACAUCUGCUACGAAGAAGUUUGGAUCAACGUCGACCCGAAAGGCGAGCCCGGCCUGCAUCCUUUGCAGCCUUUCUUCUUGCUGGGCGGCGGCGGCGGCGUCUGCAUCGCGCUGGCCGCCAGCAGCGCCUGUGCCGGUAGCCUCGAGUCAGGAGGUCGGGAGGAGAUCGCGGAGGCCUUGGCCCAGACGCGAGCCAAGACUGCCGUUUUCGUCGGCAGCUCCGGUGAAGCGCCCGAUGAGCCUUUGGCCCAUCUGCUCAGCUUCCUCCAGGCACUUCAGCUCGCCGAGGUAGACACAGCCGUCGUCGUGACCGUGUCCAAGGGAGGUGCAAUGGACUCUGGUGCAGCUCUCUGGGGUUUAGCUCGCUCUGCACGGCUGGAGAUGCGGCCUGAGAUCCGGCUCUUGGAGUGCCUUGAGCAAGCUGGAAGUGCGGUCCUGCCCGAGAUGCAGCAACUUCUCUCGGGGCCGGAGAUGGAGAUCUCCGUGAGAGAUGCUGCCAAGGCACCACGGCUCCAACGAAGCGCGGCUGCCUCCAACUUGCAAAGUCGGGACAUCCUGCAGGGCCAGAUCCCGGGUGCUUCACUGGUCACCGGGGGCCUGGGAGGCUUGGGCCUCCUCGCAGCGCAGCAGUUGGCGGAGCUGGGGGCAAAAACGCUGAUUCUGGCCUCUCGGAGUGGUCGAGCGUCGAACUCGUCAGCUCUUGCACGGUUGGAGUUGGCCAAGGCAGUUGUGGAGGUCCGGAAAUGCGAUGUUAGCCGUGCUGAAGAUGUCGCAGCGCUGGCACAAUCGUUGCAGCAUCUCGACAAACUCCAUGGCAUCGUCCAUGCAGCAGGCGUGCUGGACCGCUGUGCGCUGAAGGACCUCACUUCGUCCAGGCUGGAUGUGACCUUGGGCCCAAAAGCCAAGGGCGCCUGGCACUUGCAGUCCUUGAGCGAGCGGCUCGUGAUGUUCUCCUCGGUCUCUUCCUUUCUGGGUCUUUCCAAUGGUGCCGCCUAUGCUGCCGCGAAUGCUUACUUGGAUGCCCUCGCCUCCUGGCGCAACACGCAGUCGCAGGGCACUGCCGUGAGCGUGCGCUUCGGCCCGGUGGCCGAUGUUGGCAUGGCGGCGGAGAGCGGCCAAGGUUCCGCCGCGGACACUCCCCUUCGGGCACUGCCGCUGGCGCAGGUCAGCAGCGGCCUGCGGCUGUUGCUGGCACCGCAGCCCCUGCGCUGUGCACCUCUCACGCUGGCGAGGGCGGACUGGUCCGCAUACUUCCGGCAGUCCGCCGGCCUCGCCCCGAUGCUCCAGGACUUCCAGGAAAUUCAGGUGGCCUCAGAGACGGAGCCGGAUGCGGAGCGGCAGCGGCUGCGGGAGUUGUCGGCAUUGGAGCGGGAGAAGGCAGUGCUGGCUUCCCUGCACGCGGCUGCCUCCUCGAUGCAUCUGGACAUCCAAGAGGAUACCCCGUUGAUGGAGGCGGGCAUUGACUCCCUCUCUGCAGUGGAAUUUCGUGGGAAGAUCUCCACUGAGUUCCGGUCGGUGCGCCUGCCCAGCACGCUCAUGUUCGACCAUCCCACUCUCAAGGCAAUUUCCCAGCACAUUUCGGUACAGCUGGCAGAGGGCAGCACGCCCGUUGCCUCGUCUCCUAUCUCGUUGCCGGUUGCUUCGCCUUCUACUUCGACAGCCGUGCACCUGGAAGUGUGGGGGGCUGCAUGCACACUGCCUGCACCUGGACCUGCUUAUGGUGGUGUAGCUUGCAGCCUUUGGUAUGGAACGGACUGCGUGACAGAGAUGCCUUACUCCCGUUGGGACGUGGAGGACUACUAUGAUCCCGAUGCUCCAUCUGGCUUGGAGAUGUAUGUGCGGCAUGCAGCCUUCGUCGAAGGAGUGGAGCUUUUUGGUGCGCAGUUCUUUGGGAUCAGCAAGGUGGAGGCAGAAGCGAUGGACCCGCAGCAACGCCAUUUGCUGGAAACGGCCUUCGGAGCCUUUGGUGACUCUGGUUACUCGAAAGGUGAUCUUAUGGGCUUGAGGGCUGGCGUCUUCGUCGGUCAGGACAAGAGCGACUGGAAUCGAAUGUUGUCAUCAGCUCAUGCAGGUCCUUUCGCUGCCACCGGUGGCUCUGCUUCUAUCUCCUCCAAUCGUAUCUCCUACAGCCUGGGCUUGAAGGGGCCGAGCGCCACCGUGGACACUGCAUGCUCCUCAUCUCUGGUGGCUGCUGACACGGCUGCAACAACAAUAAGAAGAGGUCGCUGCGAGGUGGCGGCGGUCUGCGGCGUCAACAUGCUGCUCUUACCGCAAACUUUCAUCGCCUGCUGCCAGGCGCGCAUGCUGUCUGCCGACGGUCGGUGCCACACCUUUGAUGCGUCUGCCAGCGGCUAUGCACGCGGUGAGGGCUGCGGGGCACAAAUUCUGGGACCGGCAGGAUCGGCAGCCUCUGUGGAUUCUCUGGCUGCCUUUGCAGGAAGUGCCUUAAACCAAGACGGCCGCAGUGCCAACCUCACGUCACCCAAUGGCCCCUCGCAGAAGGCAGUCAUCGAGGUGGCACUCCUGGAAGGAGGCCUUAGGCCGGACGAUGUGGGACAGGUGGAGACCCACGGCACGGGCACGGAGUUGGGUGACCCCAUUGAGACCGGAGCCUUGCGAGCCGCCUUGGGCUGUCGCAGUUUCCCUUUGCUUCUGGGCGCCGUGAAGUCCAACCUCGGGCACCUGGAAGGGGGCGCCGGCAUGGCAGGGCUCCUGAAGCUGGCUUCACAGCUCCAGCAUCCUGUUCCGGCCAUCGCUGCCAAUCUCCACCUUCGUGCGCUAAACCCACACAUUGCUGAGGACGCGCACGACUUUGCUGCUCGCUUUCCCAACUGCUCCGUUGCGGGAAAGGUGGAAUCCUCCGCGGCCUCCGUCAGCUCUUUCGGCUUCGGGGGCACAAACGGGUGCGUGGUGCUGAGACUUGCGGAGAAGGCCCGGCGAUGUCGACCGUUGGGCAUCGACUUGGGCCGUGAGCGCUUUGAGUGGCGGGAGCCCAGCCACCCGCUGAUCCGCAAGAAGGCGAGGAGAGAGGAUGGGGUGCACGUCCAGAGCUGUCCCAUUGAUGGCCACGUACUGGAACUCCUGUCGCACCACAUCGUGCACGGUGAGGUGGUGGUGCCCGGUGCAUGCUACUUGGAGAUGAUCCUUGCGGGCGUGAGGGCGCACCUGGGACAGCAGGAAGCCUGGUGCAUCGAGAGCCUGGGCUUUGCUAAGCCUCUGGUCCUCCGUCUUUCGCAAUCGGGCCAGCUGGAGGAGCCAGUGGAGCUGCGGCUGCUGAUUUGGGAGGACGGGCGCCUGGAGGUGGAGAGCGCUGUCGGGGAGGACCCCGAGGACCACAUCCUGUCCACCCACGUUGAGGCCAGCCUCAUCCGACAAGCAGGCGGAUGGAAGCGUGCGGAGGAGGACAGGCACGACCUGGCACAGCUCAAGCGGAGCUGCCCGGAAGAGGUGGACGUGGACCUCAUGUAUUCUUUUGGCGUGAAGAGUGGCCUCCCGCUCCAGCGGCGCUUCCGGUGCGUUCGACAGGUGCAAGUCCAGAAGAGCGAACGGAAGGGCUUCGCACGGCUGGAGAUGGAAAGGGACGGUACAGAGCUCGGCUUCCUGCUUGGGCCGUCGCUCAUUGAUAGCUCCUUCCAAGCUCUGAUGGCUCUGGCGGACCCUGCUGUGGGCAUCGGCUCCCUGAAGAUCCCGCUGUCCAUCAAGAGGCUCCAGCCCAUGGGCCGCGGAUACUCCAUCGGAGUCUGGUCGCACUUCGAGCUUUUGGACUGGACGGAACACUCCACGGCCUUCAGGUGUUGGCUUCUGAACGAUGCCGGGGAGACGCUCUUAUUCUUCGACUCGGUACACUUGCAGGAAGUCCGCGAUGAACACCUUCAGAAGGUUCUGCAAGCCUCUGGGCGCCUUGGUGCAGAGCAGCAGGCUUUGUACAGCACCCGGUGGCGGCCGUUGCCGAAAGAACUCACUGGGGACGGGGACGGAUCGAGAAAAUGGCUUAUCCUUGGGCGACAGGAAGAUCUCAGGCAGUCGGCCAUGGAGGAGUUCCGCUGCAUCGCAGCGGAGGACCAUGACUUCCAAGAUGAGGCAGCUUUGCAGGAGCUCUUCGCCAGUUUCGAAGCAGAGGCACUCGUCUUCGUGGGAGGGCUCGGCGAUGAUUCGCAUCGAACAUCCGUGAAAUGCCACGGCACGGACGACGUGGAUGUGCUCGCCUUGGCGCUUCACGUGCUCCGUGCCGCUUUGUCAGCUGGUCUGCCCUUGGUGUUUCUGACGAGAAAGACGCAGGCUUUGGGUCCCGAGGACCAGCCGGAGCCGAUUCAUGCAGGGCUCUGGGGCUUUGCCCGUACCGCGCGGCUGGAGGAACCGGACAGACUGCGCCUGGCUUGCGUGGAUCUGGACUCUUCCAAGCCUCUGGAAGCCAUAGAAGCUGCGCUCACACAGCUGUCCAAAUCAGACUCCCGUGAGGAGGAGCUGUCGUGGCAGAACGGAGAGGUGCUUGGUCGGCGCUUGACUCGAAGCGAGCUAAAAGCCCAGACGCCCAUGCGCCUCAACAUGCCGGCGCGGGGAGCCUUGACUGGUCUGCGCAGUGUGCCGCAGACGCGGCAGCCUCUGGUCCUGGGCAGCGUGCAGCUCCGCAUCCGAGCGGUAGGCCUCAACUUUCGGGACGUCCUCAAUGUCAUGGGACUGUAUCCCGGCGAUCCCGGUCCACCAGGAGCAGACAUGGCGGGCACCGUGCUGGACCUCGCGGAGCACACGGGAGAUCAUCUUAGGCUGGCAGAGGACGUCUUCGGCGAGGCACCGGGAUGCCUCAGCAGCUACUGCCUGGCGCCAGCGCCACUCAUAGCGCCGAAGCCUUCCAGCUGGUCCUUUGAGGAGGCCUGCACCAUGCCGGUCAUCUUCGUCACUGUGGAGGAAGCUUUGGGAGACUUGGCACAGCUGAAGCGUGGCGAGAGGGUCUUGAUCCAUGCCGCAGCCGGGGGUGUGGGUCUGGUGGCGAUUCAGUACGCGCAGUACAUUGGGGCAGAGGUCUAUGCGACGGCUGGUGCCGAGGAGAAGCACGAGUACCUUCGCAGCAUCGGUGUGAAGCACAUCACAAGCAGCCGCAACGGAGCACGCUUCGAGGAAGAGAUGCGCUCCUUCCUGGAGAAGGAGGGGCUGGAAGGAGUGGACGUGGUGCUCAACAGCCUCAGCCAUGAUGACUACAUCCCACGGUCUUUGGCGUUUCUGCGCAGUGGCGGCCGCUUCCUCGAGAUCGGCAAAAGAGGUAUCUGGUCCCACCAGCAGAUACAUCAGAGCCGCCCAGACGUGAUGUACGAAAAGAUUGCCGCGGACACGAUGAUGGAAAGAGAGCCGUGGAGGUACAAUGCCUAUCUGAAGCGCCUCAAAGACCGAGUAGAUUCUGGGGCGCUGAUGCCUAUCCAUAUGCACAUCUUCGAGGGCCUGGAGGAAGGUGUGCGGGCACUUCAGUUUCUGCAGCGGGCACAGAACAUCGGAAAAGUCGUCAUCUCCCAGUCGAGUAUGCUCAGCAAGCUUCCGGCAGCCGGAACACAUGUCCUCUCCGGCGGUACGGGUGCCUUGGGAGUGGUGACAGCCCAGUUCCUUGCAGAGGAAGGGGUCAAGUCCCUUUGUCUCCUGUCACGCGCUGGGCGUCCGCCAGAAGAGGUGCAAGCUCGAUGGAACUGGCUGCAGGCGAGCACGCUUCAGCUCCAAGUUCUUCGCUGCGACGUCUCGGAGGAGGCUUCCGUGCGCUCAGCCGACUUCUCCCAAGGUCCCGUCGCUUCCCUCUUCCACUUGGCGGGAGCGUUGGCCGAUGCCAUGCUGCCGGCACUCGACCGCCAGCUCUUCCAGAAGUCCUAUGGUGCCAAAGUCCACGGUCUGCGCCACCUUCUGCGUCUCCUGGGGGACGUGGCUCUGACCGUGCUCUUCUCUUCGACGUCCUCACUCUUCGGCGCUCCAGGUCAAGGCAACUAUGCCGCUGCCAACAGCACACUCGAUGCCUUCGCCGCCUUUGCAGACCGAGACGGCCAAGGGGCCGCAGGGGCGUGCGUCUCCGUGCAGUGGGGACCUUGGGCCGAAGUGGGCAUGGCGGUGCAAAAGGGCACCGUGCAGAGGGCCAAGGCCAGUGGCAUCGGCUCGCUCAGCAACCCCCAAGGAAUGGCCAUUCUCGCCAGCGUCAUUUGCCAAACUGGCGAGCCGCGGCACUGCCUGGUGGGCGCAGCUCAUGUCCGUUGGCCCAAGUUCCUGCGCAGCGUGUUCAAUGCGACGCCGCCAGCCUCCUUGCUGGACCUGGCCGCCGAAGCCGCCAAGAGCACGGAGGGUGCCGCAGAUGCAGGAUCGGGCAUCUCGGCAGAGCUGGCGGCGCUCGGGCCGGAAGAGCGGCGGCAGCGCUUGGAGGUUCUGGUGCAGCGCUUGGCCAGCGAUGUCGUGGGCGAAGACUUGUCAGGAGACGUGGAGCUCCUGGAGUCCGGCAUGGACUCUUUAUCUGGCGUGGAGUUCCGAAACAGGCUUCAGCAAGAGCUCGGUGGCAUCCGACUGCCAAACUCUGCCGUCUUUGACUUUCCCACGGCGAACAUGCUUGCGGGUUUCAUCGCUGGUCAGUUUUCGACGGGCCCGAUGUCAGACGAGGCAGCCCCAACCUCAGAAGCCACUGGCGAGUCGAAGAUCUUGCAGCUGUUGAAUAACAGGAGUGCUGGCCCGGGCCACGCUCCGCUUUUCCUGGUCCCUGGCGCUGGCUUGCAGGCCGCGGGCUUCCAAGCCUUGGCAAGCUUGCUUCCUGUGCCAACCUGGAGCGUCUCCUGGCCUCAGACCCUGCCCAGGGAGAGGUGGCCGGACUCUCUGGAAGCCUUAGCAGAAUUGCUACUGGCUGAGGUCCGAGCAGUGGUGGGCGCGUCGGAACCGUUGCUGCUGGCUGGACAUUCCUUCGGCGCCACAGUUUGCUUGGAGAUGGCCAGACAGGCGGAGGCCUCGGCCCAAGCAGUUUCACUGGUGAUGCUGCUGGACCCGCGGACGCUACUCCCGGUGGCGGCCGACGCAGGCGGCCUUUUCGACGAGUGUGGCAUCCUGGAGACCGUCGCGAUGCUUUCUCAAACUGUUGCAGACGGUUCGCGCUAUGCAUCGGUAGUCGAGGAAUCCGCAUCUGAAGAAGAUCGGGAGGAAACAGUGCGCCGGCUGCUAGGCCCACAAGUGGCACCGGUCUUGGAGCACAUCCAUGAGACGUUCCGCUGGUAUGCGGGGCUACUCGCGAGUGCUCGAUCCGAACUGUCAAAGGAGACGGCCCUGCGGGCCAGGAUGCUUUGGGUCAGAGCAGCAGGUCAAUCUGCCGAGCGAUCCGCUGAGGCCGACUCCACAUCGGCGAAGGAGAUCGUUCAGCGCGUCCAGGCCGAGAUUUUCCAGGAAGAUGAAGUGGUGGCCACGCGCCUGAAGUCAAUGGGUGCUAGUGGAGAAGUGGCGGCGAAGGCUCCGGUUCUGGCUCGCGGAGAUCAUUUCGCCAUGCUCCACGAGCCUCAUGUGGCCGCACUGGCGAUGCGGCUCUGCCAUGCGAUAGUGGAGGCCUCUGUGGUGCAGGACUAG